AUGAAAAUUGACCUCGCUAUUUUGGUUUUUGCUACGGCUAGGGCACAUCUGGCACAAGCCCAUGGCCAUGAUCAUGGGUUUCUUCACAGACGUGCCACGACAACAACAGACAGUGUUUCAGCAUUGUCGAGCCCAGACAAACCAACAUUGACAGGCACGAUUAGCAAUUGCAAUCAAUGGUACGAUGUCGUCUCGGGAGAUUCUUGCUGGAGCAUCUCCCAGGCUUUUGGUAUUACACAGGCCCAAUUUCAGGCUUGGAAUACUGCUGUAGGUGACUCGUGUAUAGUGGAAAUCGGGGUUUCAUACUGUGUCGGGGUUGGCCAAGCGGUAUCAACAUCAACAACCCCCAGCACGGCCGCGAGCUCUACAGCAUCUACGAGCUCAAUUGGAAGCUCCACCGUGAUCUCCACCGGCACAAUCACGGCGAAUUCCACAUCUGCGACGCCUUACUCUACUCUUUCUUACAACACGACGACGAACCCUGUCACCAUUACGAACUCCACCUGGCCACCUUCUCAAACGCAGAUCGGCCAACCUUCUUACUGUGAUAAUUGGUAUCAGGCAAAGCAAGGCGAUACUUGUAAGAGUAUUGUGUUCAGGUACUCCACGUGGAUGGAUCAAGAAGAUUUUCUGGACUGGAAUCCAGCUGUUGGCGAAAACUGCACGAGUAUAUAUUUCGGAUACUGGUACUGUGUCGGCAUCAAACCCCAAGUCUCAAACUAUGACAAUGGGACAACCGCAGCCUGGUACCCGACGUGGACAUACACUGUCCCUGUAGCAACAGAUACAGAUUUUCUCCCCAGCCCUACUCAAAGCGGCAUUGCCACUGGUUGCCAGGACUAUUAUAUCGCAGACGAGACCGAUACCUGCGCUGGUAUCGUUUCCUCUGAAGGCUUUUUGACCGAAGAUCAAUUCAUUGAGUGGAAUCCUGCCAACGGGACUUCCUUACCCAUGCCAUCAACAACCACCGUGCUGCCAUCACCCGUGCAAACGGGAAUCACCUCUAGCUGCACAGCGUGGUACCUGGCUAGCGAUGGUGAUGACUGUGAUCUGAUCCCAGAAGAGUUCGGUACUUUCUCCAAAUCUGAUUUCCUCAAUUGGAACCCGGCUGUCCAGUCUGAUUGCUCCGGUUUGGUUAUCGGCGAUUAUUAUUGCGUUGCUAUUCCAGACACGCCCACCACUCGAACGGCAUCCUUGACAGCCCUUCCAACUCCAACUACGCCAUCUGAUACAAUUUCAGAUUGCGCAGACUACUGGCUGGUCGGAACGAAUGAUAAUUGCACUGCAAUUGCCAGUACCAAUGGAAUCUCCGUGACUAAUCUUGAGGCCUGGAACCCUUCGCUUGGACCCGAUUGCAGUGGAUUGACCGCAGACACCUAUAUCUGUGUUGCCGCUCCCAGAAAUACCAGCACAUCGUCAACCUCGAGCUCAAUUUCUUCAGGGAGCACUAUUACGCCGCCAUCAUCCACACCCGCUCAGACUUCCGCGACCGCCACAUCUGCUGGGGCCAGCCCAUCUCCUGUCCAGACUGGAAUGGUCAGCGGCUGUAUUCGAUUCUACAAAGUCGAAGAUGGGAACGACUGUUAUGAUAUUGCGCAAGAGGCCGGCGUGGCACUUGCUGACUUAUACUCUUGGAAUCCUGCACUCAAUGGCGACUGCUCAGGUCUACAAUCGGGAGUAUUUGUUUGCAUUGGCGUGUCAGGAUACGCAACUACGAUCACUACUGGCACGCCUGUUCCCGUAACCCCAACCCCAACCCAAACCGGUAUGGUGUCUGGGUGUCUUCGAUUCUAUGACGUGCAGAGCGGAGAAGGUUGUGCGGAUAUAGCAUCUGAGGCAGGUGUUGCUCAAACUGACUUUUAUAAUUGGAACCCGGCCGUGAGCACCAACUGCGCCGGAUUACAAGCUUCUGUCUUUGUGUGCAUCGGAACUACCGGUCCAAUCACGACAAUCACUAGUGGAACCCCAGUACCAGUCACAUCCAAGAGCUAG